AUGGGCGACGCGGGCAGAGCGGCCAAGCACCAUUUGCGUUUGGAAUCCAAGCUCGCGGAGCAGAAGGUUGAACCCCCAUUGCAGCAGCGAGUGGGGGAAGCUGCCACGGAGAUGCGCAUCUUGGAGGGCAGGCUCAGUAAAGCAGCAUCAUACUACGAGCGGCUUCAAUGCGAUCUGGAAGCACAGCGCCAACUGGUCAAGGAGCUGCACCUGCAGGUGGGGGGCGUCGCCGCAGCUGAGGUCAUACCUGCGGCCCAGGCCACCGUGGCGAUUCCGAUCGAAGAUAUCCUGCAGGGCAAGGGGCCCCCCAUCAACGCAGACUCGUUGCCGGCACCUGAGGCAGAGUCUGGCCUGUCGCCCGAGGACAAGGCGGAAGCGGAGGCACGUCCCAGGUCCCUGCAGCAGGCGAUCAGGCAUAAGGCGCAGCAGUUGUUCGGGGCCGCCGCCGAGCAGGCCGCCAAGUUCCGCGAGGAGCAGCGGAAGCAGCGGGCGCGCCUGGCUAGCAAGCGGAGGCGAAUGGCAGAAGCACCUCAGACUGGUGGAGGUGCAAAUGGCGCUGACAGAGGAGCUGGAGCGGAGGCCGACGGCUCCGCAGGGCCCAAGGCGCCAGGAGCAGUGGUGAGAAAUCCUCUGGUGACAAUGGCCCUGACUCGUGCCUGCCGCGUUGCAGGCGCGAUGGUGGAUCACGCGAAGACCGACGAGAACGACGGUGCCAACGAGGCACAGGAGCGGCCUUUCAACGUCUCCGAGGCCCUCGCUCUCAUGGGCACGGUUGGGCGGGGUUUCACCAUGUCGGACGCCGUCUCGGACGUCCAAGCCGACCCGCGCGAGGGUGAGUUCAUGCAGGCGGUGGACGGCUGGAAGGCCUCGGCCGAAGGCAGGGAGCUCUGGGAGGAGCUGUCCAACGGAGGCGCCAGCGAGCAGGUGGCCAAGGCAUCGUCGGCGAGAAUGGCGUGGGGCGUCGGGUGCGGCACGCUGGUGGACUGCCUCGAGACCUUUGGCCGCGUCCAGACCCUGAGCAAGCUUCACCACGGAGAGCUGGGCUGCACAUCUUCUGCCCUGGGCGAACGCAUGAGGGCCCACUCCGUCGCCAUGGGGCAGGCCGGCGGGGAGGGCAUCGAGGAGAACUCGGGGCUCGAGAACUCGGCCACCACGCACAUGGUGAAGAACUUGCUGCGCGCCAUUGCUUACGUUUCGGAUGACGCCCUCGCGCCCUGGGACGGGCAGUCCUUUGCAGGGAAGCCCGCCACGGGCGACUUCGCCUAUGCCAACGAUCCUAUGCUCGGCGCCGCGACCGAGGACAACGACCCUUUCGACCUCAUGGUGCAUCUCGACGGCGAGAACACGCGUCCCGAGUCGAUCCUGGCCUUCUCGGCCUCUGUUCCCCAGAUCAUAUCCUCCUCCCUUCUCCCAUUCACCGUCGGCUCGAUUGCAGAUCUGCAAGAGCGCGUGAGCGGCAAGGGCAAGGGCAAAGGCGUGGACCCGAGCUUCCGCGCGCACGUGCGCAGUGUCGAGGAUCUUGCGAUCAACCAGGACUCCAUGACCACCGACAUGGCCUUUGGCAUGAUGUCCUUCUUCAUGAAGAUGAUGCUAAAGGCAAAGGGCAGCGAGGACGCCACUCUCUCCAUCACGCGCAAGGACGCCGCAGCCCGCGCCGAGGAGUUCGAGCGCCUGGUUAGCGACGAGUCCACCUGGUUCAAGAAGGGCAAGGCGCGGAAGGCCGCCUUCUACAAGGCGAUCUCCGAGGGCCGGCUACCUGACGGAUUCCUGUCCUUCUCCUACCUGUCGCCCGCCACCGGCCGUAACAUCACCCGCUAUUUCGACACCAUGCUGAGCGCGGAGAACUUCGGCAGCCCCAUCGCGUUCGGCAACAUGCUGGAUACCGAGGUGGGGGAGUUCUUCCAUCACGUCCCGUCAGGCCUCGAGCGCUUCGGCAAGCACCUCGUGAACGUCGGCGACCAGAUCCUGAACGCCAGCAGGAUCGGCGUCGACUGGCUCACACAGGUGGCGGGGCCCAAGGGCCAGAUCGCAGACGAGCAGACGCGCUGCUGCUGUAAGGGCCCCAGCCCCGACAUGUGCGAGCUUCUCGCUGGGGACGAGCUGAAGAAGAGCUGGAAUCCCGCCAAGUGGGGCGAGCGCCUCGCAGUGCUGGCCUGGCAGGAGGCGGACUUUGGCACGUCGCGUCUCCUGCGGGAGCGUGAAGGGGGCGACGUCUGCCUGCCUGCGGGGCCCCAGCUCGGCGGCGCGCCCAGGGGGGGCAAGGCCAAGGCGGUGGGCCUGCCUGGGAGGGCUCGGAGGGGCAUCGGUCCAGCCAAAUUCCUGCUUCAUCCGGAGGGCCUGUCCGGGUCUGAUUUUUGUGGACAGCUGCUAGCUCGUGCUCAGACCGCGGCGCCAAUGGCACCAAGGGCCAACAGUGUAAAAAAGCCGCCCGCGGCGCCAGGCAAGGCCAGCAAGAGUGGGGAGAAGGCGAAGACGGCGAACGAUGAGGUGCCAAGGCCACCCGACACCCUGCCCUGCAUGAUUCUCAGAUUCUUUCUCGACCUCACCGUGGGAUCCAUCAAGCUGAUCCUGGUGGGCGGCUCUUGCCUCUGGGCCUACCGCGUCAGGAAGACGGGGAUCCCCCUCUAUGGAUACAUGAUUCACGGCUUCGACCCGACCUUCAACUUCACCGCGGCGCGCUACCUGGCCAGAAAGGGCUGGUACGAAUUCUUCAGGUGGUACGACCACAUGAGCUGGUACCCCCUCGGACGACCAGUGGGCACGACGAUCUACCCGGGCAUGCAGGUCUUCUCGGUCUGGCUCCAUCAGGCGGUCCAGGCCAUGCAGCCGGGCGAGUUCAGGAUCCCAGGCUUGGCCUGGCUGCCCACGGACAUGAACAAGUGCGUACGGGAGAAAGGUGGUGGGAAGGUCUGCGUCAUGACUGGGCCCUGGCUGAGCGCCGUCGCGACCUUCUUCCUGGCCAUGACCGCGGCGGAGUGCUCUGAGAGCACUGGCGCCCGGGCCACCCCCCCAGCGAGCGAGCCGCUCGAGACGUCGACCACCGGGCCUCUGAGCUGGGCCGCCGGGACCAGCGGCUCGCUCGAGGCAGUGGCCCCAGGAGCCCUUUUCUACUACUUCUCCGUGGCUACAUGGGGAGGCUACAUCUUCGUCAACAACCUCAUCGCCCUUCACGCCGCGGUGAUCGUCGCGAUGGGCAGGUACGAUUCCGGCGUCCACCGCGCGUACACAAUAUGGUACGUGUUUGGCACCUUUGGGGCCACUUUCGUGCCGCCAGUGGGGUAUGCGCCCGUGAAGUCCCUGGAGCAGGCACCAGCUGCGCUUGUUUUUCUAGUGUACCAGUUCUUGGAGUCCUGCGACAUUUACAGGCGCCGCCAGAAAAAGGAAAUGAAGGACUGGGAGUUCUUCUUCUUCCGUGUUAGAGUCUUCGGCAGCAUGUUUGCAGCUUUCUUAGCGGUUUGCUUUGUGUUGGGUCAGAUGAACUAUUUCUCGCCCAUGUCAUCUCGCAUUCGCGGAUUGUUCCUGAAGCAUCAGCGCACGGGCAAUCCGCUCGUGGAUUCCGUCGCGGAGCACCAGCCUGCGAGCAAGCAGGCUUACGAGGUCUACUUGGGCGUAGCGAGGCAGAUCGCGGUCUUCGGCCUGCCCCUGUGCUGGCACCAGCGCACGCCCGCGAAGGUGUUCCCGUUCAUCUUCGCGGCGGUCGCGUACAACUUCUCGAUGAAGAUGAGCCGCCUCAUGAUCAUCUGCGGGCCAGCGUGUGGCAUGUUGGCUGGGUACCCCAUCCCGGUGUCAAUGGAUUUCGGUCGCAUUCUCUUCGGCAAGCUGUUCUGCCUGCUGCAGACCGCCUACGGCAGGCUCAUUCCUGUCUUGGCGCCGCCCGGCUCGGUGUUCUCCGCCCCGUUGGGCUACUUCGAAGCUGCGGGCGUGCAGCAGUUGGCGGAGCCCGUCUCCUUUGUCUCGGCUGCUGCCUCGCUCGUGGCCUCCGCUGUCGCCUGGGGCGUCGACUGUGCGUUCGAGCUGCGGAGGCUCGAGGAGCAGGUUCGAGCGGGGCUCGCCGCGGCCCCCCGGCGAGUCCGCACGGUGCUCGUGCGGACCCGCCUGGGCGUGACGGCGCUCCCCCAGCUCCGUGUGCUGCUGGUGGCGCUCCUCGCGCAACGGGCGAUGGUGGUUGCCGUCUCGCUCGGGCUCCUCGUUUUCCUCGUUGCGACGAUCGUGCAGCUGGCGGUGGCGCCCUGCCUGCUGAAGUGCAUCCAGCAGGUGGCGCCCCAGUGCUUCCUGCUGGUGAUCCUCAAGGUUGCCCCGCUGCCGCUGCUGGUGGCGUCUCAGUGCAAGCUGAUCGUGAUGAAUACGAUCCCAAAGACGUGCCUCGUGAAUUUCACGUUUGUGCUCAUGCUCCUCGUGUCCCUGAUGAUGGCGGAGGUUCUUCUGCUUCUGCGGGGGACGCCCCUAGUGGCGCUGCGCGUGCUUUGGACGCUCGUCCUGGGCAUGUGGUUAGGCACCUUCAUGUACGCGGACGCCAUUUUCAAUUACACCACCAGGCAGCAUGUCAAGGCCGACAUGAAAGUGGGAUUUCACAAGAGAGUGAUGGCUAGCCCCAUUCCAUCUCAUGGCUGGCAACGCAUGCUACAGGCCCUCGUGUACUCCCAGUCGCGCUUCCGACCCGACGCCGCCGCGAUCCUCAAGGAGAGGCUUGUUUCUGAGGGAUUGUGGCAUCGUGCCUGUCCUUGGUUGGCGCCGACCUCGCCGUCUUACCUGCAGAGAGCUGUCGGCAUCGAGUGGGACCUCCGCCUGACUGCCGAGCGUUGUGAUGUUAUCCUGCCGUCCUCCAUGGCCGGCGAGAUCACGCAGCAGAUGGUGGCUGACGCCGUGCGCUCCAACGGCUCCAACCUCGACAACUUCAACACCGAACUGAGCGGUUCGGCCCGAGGUGAUUCCGGCCAGGCGAGGGGGCUGUGGAGUGGGAGUGGCAGCGUGAUGCGGGCGGGGAGGGACUCGCCGUACGAGACCAGUGCAGGCCACAUGAGUAUAAGGCAUGCCGCUUGCUACGAGAGGGGCGGCCGGUGCGCUCCGUCCGAGCAGUGCUGCCCGAGGUCCGAAUGGGUGCAAUACUGCGAGAGAUCGUCGCACAGCUUCGCCGGGCCCGGGCUGGUGACCGUGGGGAGGGACAGGACCCUCAUCGACGACAAGUACGUGGGAUACGAGUGGCUCAUGCACAACACUCCGGAGCACUCCCGCGUCCUCUCCUGGUGGGACUACGGCUACCAGAUCACGGGCAUCGGUAAUCGCACGUCGCUGGCGGAUGGAAACACCUGGAACCACGAGCACAUCGCGACGAUAGGGCGCAUUCUCUCGGGCCAGGAGAAGAAGUCCUACAACACCAUGCGGCACCUCGCGGAUUACGUGCUGGUGCACGCCGGCACAGGCCAGACGAAGACGGACCUCCAGAUUUCCACUCACUUCGCCCGCAUCGGAAACUCGGUCUUCCCGGACCACUGCGGCGACCAAGAUCCCACGUGCACGAAGUACAGCUUCCUCGCCGGGGGGCAGCCUUCCAAGAUGAUGGCCCAGUCUUUCGUCUACAAGGCCGUGAAGCACGGGCAAGAUGGAGUGCAGCUCAACCCGAAGUUUUUCAAGGAGGUUCACUCCACCAAACGUGGCAUGAUCCGAAUCUUCCAGGUGCUCAACGUGUCGCAGGAGUCCAAGGACUGGGUGGCGAACCCCGCGAAUAGGAAGUGCGACGCGCCCGGGAGCUGGUACUGCGUGGGGCAGUACCCCCCGGCGCUGGCCCCCCUGAUCGCGCUGCGCAAGGAUUUCGCCCAGAGCUCGAGGACUUCAACAAGAAGGGGGAGAAAAGCGCGUACACGAAGAUGA